AUGGGGAUCUACUUGUUCAUGAUUGGUGCAUAUGAUCUGAAGUUCCGCGGGGAGUACAACCGGCACGCGCAGGCCUGGAUGGACAGCAGCCAGUGCCAGGUGAUCGGCUCUCUCGCCAUGCUGUCCACGGAGGUGUCUGUGCUGCUGCUGACCUACCUGACCCUGGAGAAGUACAUCUGCAUUGUGUACCCCUUUCAGUACCUGACGCCCGGCUGGAGGCGCACCGUCACCAUCCUCUUCGGGAUAUGGGUCUUUGGCUUCGUCAUCGCCUUCCUCCCUCUGGUUUGUAAGGGACUGUUCCGGAACUUCUACGGGACCAACGGGGUCUGCUUCCCAUUGCAUGCAGAGCAGCCAGAGACACUGUGGGCUCACGUCUACUCCAUCGUCAUCUUUCUGGGUCUGAACUUGGUGGCCUUCCUAAUCAUCGUGCUCUCCUACGCCAGCAUGUUCUACAACAUUCAGCGCACAGGAACGCAGACCACCAAGUACAGCAACCACAUCAAGAAGGAGGUGACCAUCGCCAAGCGCUUCUUCUCCAUCGUCAUCACUGAUUCGCUCUGCUGGAUCCCCAUCUUCAUCCUCAAGAUCAUGUCGCUGCUUCAAGUGGACAUCCCAGGAACCAUCUGCUCCUGGGUCGUCAUCUUCAUCCUCCCAAUCAACAGCGCACUCAACCCCAUCUUGUACACUCUGACCACACGGCCCUUCAAAGAAACCAUCCUGCAGGUUUGGGCAAACUACCGGCAGCAGAGGCCCCUCCUCAGUGGGCACCCUCCACACCACCCGUCACUCACCUGGCAGGAGACCUGGCACCUCCAAGAGGUGAACAACAGCACCAACCACACGGGCCCCCUGGAGCCUAAGCAGGCCUCAGCCCAUGACCUCACACCAGUGGAGAGUCCCAACGACUUCUACAAUGACCUCAGCAACCUCCCCAAGAAAUCUGACCCCAAAGAACAUCCGGUGCUGUCGGUGUGUUCGGCUACGCAGCAUUCACCAACGGAAACGCCAGUCAAGAAGAGCAGCUGA